GAAGCGUCCAAAGAGAUAGAGGAGGACCUGAAGACACAGUCGGGUCGGGCGGAGUUGAAAAAGUUAUUCAAUCUGUGCGAGAGUUUAGACGGCGUCGACAUUAACGAUGUGUACAACUUUGCCUCGAGUCUGACCGACACCGUUGCGGGCAUUGUUCAGUAUAACAGUAAUAUUCAAGGCUUUUGCCGGACUGUAAUCGAUAAGACUGGUGGCGCCCGGGCUAUAGACAGGUACGCGCGGGCACAGGCCUCCCAUCACGGCGGACAGUGUAUUGAUUUUAGCUAUAAGAAUAUGAUUAAGAGUGUCAGCCAGACGUCUAAACACUCAUCGGCGGUCACAUCCGGAAUGAGACAAUGGACUUAUCAGACGUGCACUGAAUUUGGUUACUACCAGACCACUAGCCUUAAGGACAGUCCGUUCGGUCAUAACCUUCCCGUCGAGUUCUUCACCAAACAGUGCACCGAUAUAUUUGGUGUCUCAGCACAGGCUGUCCAGAAGGCCAUCGAUCAGACCAACAGUUAUUACGGAGGUUUUAAGCCAAAUGUGACAAACGUGGUGUUCCCUAACGGGUCACUCGACCCCUGGCACGCACUCAGUGUCCUUAAAGACCUUAAUAACAGUACCAAAGCUGUGAUGAUUGAAGGGAAGGCUCAUUGCGGGGAUAUGUAUGCCUCGAGUCCGUCGGAAACCGAGAGUUUGAAAAGCGCUCACAAAUUAAUUGAACAACAAAUCGGCGAAUAUUUGAAA